CAGAGGACAUCACCGGGUCUGUAGCUGGGACAGGGUAAUUCAAUAGAGAUAAAGUAGUAAAUUGCAUUUAUAUAAAUACCUUUUGUUGUUAAAAAUGAAUUAAUUCGACAUUGUUUGUUAAAUAUAGAUGUGCGCGUAAGCUAAAGAGUGUUAUUGUAUUUAGCUGUGUUCUUUAUAGCAAGGGAUAUGUUCAGUCGUUCGAUUACCAUGUUCUCUCUGACGCCAAAGCUCUCAGAACUCGGCACACUAAAAUAACGGUUGAGGACCAAAUGGCUAGAUUUGUCAUAUGGAGAGCAGAAUGGUUUUCGGUUGACAAGACACAAAGGAUGAGAGUUACUUAUUCAGGAAGCCUUACAGUUUUCGCCUUUCUACGGACAGAGGUGAUGGAAAACUCCUAAUCAAGUCAGAACGGAAUAAAACUCAAGUGCACUUCUUAUUUGGAGAUGAUUGUGUUAUUUCUCUUGUUCUCGUGGAUCGUGGAUGGGGUGGUUUCCCAGCUACACUAUUCUGUUCCGGAGGAACAGGACCAUGGCACGUUCGUGGGGAAUAUUGCUGAGGAUUUGGGCUUGGACAUAACAAAACUUUCGUCGCGCAGAUUCCAGACUGUGCCUAGUUCGCGGAAUCCGUACUUGGAGGUGAAUUUGGAAAACGGGGGGCUUUAUGUGAACGAGAAAAUCGAUCGGGAACAGAUCUGCAAACAGAGUGAUGCCUGUCUUAUGCAUAUGGAAGUGUUUUUGGAAAAUCCACUUGAGCUUUUUCGUGUGGAAAUAGAAAUCAUGGAUAUCAAUGACAAUCCUCCGAGCUUUCCCGAAACUGAUAUUACCAUUGAAAUUACUGAAAGUGCCACUCCUGGAACCCGUUUUCCAGUGGAGAGCGCGUUCGACCCUGAUGUUGGCACCAACGCGCUCCGCACAUACGAAAUGACCACCAACAGCUAUUUUUACCUCGAUGUCCAAACGCAAGGAGAUGGCACCAAAUUUGCAGAACUUGUAUUGGAAAAAUCCCUCGACAGAGAGCAGCAGGCGGUGCACAGGUACGUAUUGACAGCAGUAGAUGGUGGAUUGCCUCAGAGGACUGGUACGGCGUUGCUUGUCGUGAAAGUUCUAGACUCAAACGAUAACGUCCCUGCCUUUGAUCAGUCUGUGUACACUGUGAAUCUGCCUGAAAACUCCCCGGUGGGCACCUUGGUCAUCCAGUUAAACGCCACUGACAUGGACGAGGGACAGAAUGGCGAAAUUGUGUAUUCCUUUAGCAGUCACAAUUCUCAGAGAGUGAGGGAGCUGUUUAAUAUUGACGCGAGGACGGGCAGAGUUGAAGUGAUUGGGGAGGUCGACUAUGAGGAGAGCAACACAUAUCAACUUUACGUGCAAGGAAAGGAUCUUGGACCUAACGCUGUUCCCGCCCACUGUAAAGUUCUGGUCAAACUGAUUGACGUAAAUGAUAACACUCCUGAGAUCGUUUUCAGCACCGUAACCGAAUCAGUGAGUGAGCAGGCAGCUCCCGGUACUGUAAUCGCACUGCUGAGCGUCACCGACAGGGAUUCUGGAGAAAACGGACAGACUCUCUGCGAGAUUGUCGGAGACGUACCUUUCAAGCUGAAAACGUCGUUCAAGAACUAUUACACCAUUGUCACAGAUGGACUUUUGGACAGGGAAAAUGCCGAUUCAUACACAAUCACAGUCGUGGCAAAAGAUAAGGGCGUCCCGUCCCUUGCCACAAGCAAGUCUAUUAAAGUUCAGUUGUCAGAUGAAAACGACAAUGCCCCGAGGUUCAUGCAGUCAAUUUACGACGUAUAUGUGACUGAAAAUAAUGUGCCAGGCGCUUAUAUUUAUGCGGUAAGUGCUGUUGAUCCUGAUAUCGGACAAAAUGCCCAUAUCUCUUACUCCAUAUUGGAGUGCGUCAUUCAGGGUAUGCCUGUAUUUACCUACGUGUCAAUCAACUCGGAAAACGGCUACCUUUAUGCUUUAAGAUCAUUUGAUUAUGAACAAUUAAAAGACUUUAGCUUCAUGGUUCAAGCUAAGGACACUGGUACGCCAGAGUUAUCCUCCAACGCCACCGUCAAUGUUGUAAUAGUGGAUCAGAAUGAUAACGCCCCCUCUGUCAUUGCCCCGCUUGGCAAAAAUGGUACAGCAAAGGAGCAUCUACCCAGGUCUGCAGAACCAGGAUACUUGGUAACCCGCAUUGUGGCUAUGGAUGCGGACGAUGGUGAAAACGCUCGCCUUUCAUAUAGCAUACUAAGAGGGAACGAGAUGGGCAUGUUUCGAAUGGACUGGAGAACGGGUGAAUUAAGGACUGCCAGGAGGGUCUCAAGCAAACGAGACCCGCAUCACCCGUACGACUUGUUGAUUGAAGUGAGGGACCACGGGCAGCCACCUCUCGCAUCCACCGCCAGCGUCAUCAUAGUGCUCGUUGACAGCGUCGUCGAGGGCCACAGUGGAGACCGCGGCUCCUCUAAAGCUAAGGAGAACUCCCUGGAUUUGACUCUCAUCCUCAUAAUCGCCCUCGGCUCCGUGUCGUUCAUCUUUCUCCUGGCGAUGAUCGUGCUGGCCGUUAGGUGUCAAAAGGACAAAAAGCUGAACAUUUACACCUGCCUGGCCAGCGACUGCUGUCUCUGCUGCAGCUCGUGCUGUAGCAGACAGGCACGAGCCAGAAAGAAAAAGCUUAGCAAGUCAGAUAUAAUGCUGGUACAAAGCGCUAAUGUCACCAGCACUGCCCAAGUACCUGUUGAGGAGUCCGGGAGCUUCGGUUCCCACCAUCAAAACCAGAACUAUUGUUACCAGGUAUGUCUCACUCCGGAAUCUGCCAAAACUGAUCUCAUGUUCCUAAAGCCCUGUAGUCCCGCUAGGAGCGCAGACACUGACCACAAUCCCUGUGGCGCCAUAGUGACAGGUUAUACAGACCAGCAACCUGACAUCAUAUCUAACGGCAGCAUUUUAUCCAACGAGACUAAACACCAGCGAGCAGAACUCAGUUACCUGGUUGAUAGACCGAGGCGUGUUAACAGCUCCGCUUUCCAGGAAGCGGAUAUUGUGAGUUCUAAAGAUAGUGGACACGGUGACAGUGAACAGGGUGACAGUGACCAUGACGCCACCAAUCGAGGGCAUUCGUCUGGCGCAGACCUUUUUUCAAACUGCACAGAGGAGUGCAAAGCUCUGGGGCACUCGGAUCGAUGUUGGAUGCCCUCCUUCGUGCCCUCCGAUGCCCGGCAGGCUGCAGAUUACCGUAGCAACCUGCAUGUCCCUGGAAUGGACUCUGUGCCCGAUACUGAGGUAUUUGAAACCGAAGAGCAAACGGGCGAUAGAUCAUUCUCCACCUUUGGCAAAGAGAAGUCACAUCACGGCACCCUAGAGAGGAAAGAGUUUGAUGCGCUUCUGUCUGGCACACGUGCGCCUUACAAACCUCCCUAUUUGUCACGGAAAAGGAUUUGCUAGCUCAUUCCGUGUGGACGUACCAGAAACGGCGUGACUUUGCACAAAACUCGACCAACAAAAAGCAUCAACACCCCUCACCCCAUUCCCCUCCAUCCCAAUUCCUUCAACAGUAUUAUCUUGGUGAUCCAGCCGUACAGUACCUUGCUUUUGGAAUGCCCUGCCUUGAGAACGAAGAGCGGGGAAAGAAACGUAUGUCUUUAAGGACCUUACUGCUCUCAGCAGGCCUGAGAAAUAAGCUUAAAUUUAACCGUAAGAAGGAGGGAGGGGAAAAAGAGACAAAAAAAACCCAGAAAAACUUUGGGGGUGACAAAUUAUGUCUCUGAUUUUUUUGUGUGCCUGUUUACAGCACUCUGUAUAUCUCCAAACAAUGUCAGACUGAGCCCUUUAUCUGUUUAUACUCACACCAAGAAGCCAAUUGUACAGGAAAAAAUAAAUAUUUGUGCAUUAUUAAUGCAAUAUCUCGGUUUUAGCCUUGACUGUUUUCUAUUAUUUUAUUUUUGUGUGGUCAGGUGUUCCCCAAAUCUAUUCUGACUUUAUAACUAAAAGUGUGAUCAUGCUUUUUUUCACAGCAUUGGCCUAAUCAGAGACAUUCUGUGGUUUAUAUCAUGUGUGCAAAGUGUUUACUGUACUAUUUUAAAGCUUCUAACUGAAUAUAAAUCUAUAUAUAAAUAUAUACAUAUAAAUAUACUUUUCUGAAAGUGUGGUAUCCAUUGGUUAGUUUCUUAUCUACAGUCUAAGUUCAUAAACUGACAUUCAGUCCUUCAAAUGGCUUGUAACAUUAAUGGAGGUGUCAAGUGGAAGGCCUUGUUUUCUCUCUGAACAGGGUGUUUCUUUUAUUUUGUCUUUUACUUUUUUUUUCUUUUUCACUUUUGGAUAUUGAAAUUUAUGUCUAUAAAUGAAAGGAAGUAAUACUUUAGAUUUGAAAUAAUGGUAAUAUUGUGUUAUUGUAAAAAAAAAAAAAAAAAAAAUUGGCAACAUAAACAUAAGCUAAAUAUCAAAGGUAUCCAUACACUUCAACACACACACCAACACACUCAGACACACAUGCACAAAUGUCAAGAGGUGAUUAAUAAACUGUUAAAUGCAUAGAAA